UUCUGCAAGUCAUAUCAAGAAACUUAAAUCAAACGUUUCUUGAAAACUGAUUGCUGAUCAACACUGGAGACCUACUGGUCAUCUCGUCGCUCUCUUCGCUCGUCUUCGAUUUUGUAAAUGGCGCAGUCUUAUCCGUGCAUUCGCAGCCUGAUACAUUCCGAUGAAAUUUGUAAAGUACCUUUAUCAGACUAGAAUGUCGCCGGCUAAAGGCUCCGCCCACACUUUGCCCCGGACGCGUAAUCGCCGAUGGAAUAGCUUCAAACGCAAAGUGAGAAUCAAGGCAAUAAAGAGGUCGCAGAAAUUCGGGAAGCCGAAGGAGGGAGAAAUGGUGACUCCGUUAGUAGAGAAGUACUGGCUUCAACGGUACGAUCUUUUCUCCAAGUAUGAUGAAGGCAUCAAGCUGGACGAAGAAGGAUGGUACUCCGUCACGCCGGAGGAAGUCGCCGCGGCGCAGGCUCGUCGGUGUGAGGGUGCAGGAAUUGUGAUCGAUGGAUUCGCCGGCGUCGGGGGGAAUGCCAUUCAAUUUGCCAAAGUAUGUCGUCGUGUUAUUGCCAUUGAUAAAGAUCCCUGCAAGAUUGCGCUGGCAUCUCAUAAUGCUAAGAUAUAUGGCGUAGAAGGUUGCAUUGAUUUCAUCGUGGGCGACUUUUUCCAGCUUGCACCUUCCUUGAAGGGUGAUGUCGUAUUUCUCUCACCACCUUGGGGUGGCCCAUCAUACAAGACAAAUAAAAGCUAUACACUCGACUUGCUCAAGCCAAAAGAUGGCUAUCACUUGUUCCAAGUCACGCAGACAAUAACACCUAACAUCAUUAUGUACUUGCCUCGGAACAUCGACAUGUCACAAGUGUUUGAGCUUUCCUGGCUGUCUUCUCCCCCGUUGGAUGUUGAGAUCGAGGACAACUUUGUGAGAGGAAACCCCAAGGGAAAGACAUUUUAUUUUGGUGACCUUGCGUUUAUGUAGCUUGGAGUCGACGACUUCCAUCUUGAAUGGUUUGUCUUGUCUCGCCAUUCUUGAAUUGUGUUUUAGUUUUCUGUUUUAGUUUCGUGAAAGUGGGUUGCAAUUAAACUUGACCAUAGUUUCAAAAUGUCAAUAUUAGGUUCCUCCUAAUGCUGCAAAUGAGUCAAUCGCAAGUAGCGUUUACACUCAAGUUGGAACCAGUCAAGUCGACCUCCAACUCGAGCUGAUAAACAAUUGGCUUGCUUUAAUAUUUCUGAUACUAAAAAUGUAUAUGUAUAUAUGAUCUUAACUUUUAGGAAAAAAAUCACACCUAGUUCCUUUGAUAAUAUGUUGAAAGAAUUGUACGAUAGGAGUACUUCAACAUCGGACUCAGCUGAUUAAGGUAGGACAGAUUGAUUUGCAUUUUGUAUUUUAAUAGGAACAAAAGUAUAACAUGCAAUGAGACUAAGCAUGAAUGUUUCUUUAACAUUGAUUAUUUAUUUAAAAAUGAAUUAAUUUAUUUACUCUUUAAUAAAUUAAAACAAUAAUUUGAAUACUAUUUAAGCUCUUUUAAGCUGAGUUUGAGAUUGAGCUUUUAUAUUGAAAACUCGUUGAGUUUGAGUCAGUAAAAUGUAGUUGAAACUUAGCAUAGUUGGGCUCGAGUUUGACUUGGCUCAAAUUUUCGCACGCUAACUUCAUCCACCACUCUAGUCCAUUGGAUCAUAUUGCAUAUUUUCUUAGCAUGGAUAUUCCAUUCAAUUACAACAAGUUCUCUAAAGCUUAUAGAAGUUUAUAUAAACUUAAAUGAUCUGUGUAUAUUAACUACUAAAUAAACUAUGUGCGUGUUUGGUUUGUGUAAUUGUCGUUUGUGUGAUUUUUUGUGUGAGAAUAUUAUGGCUCUGAUUAGACAUUUGACUUUUGGAGUUUUAAAAAAAAUAAUUUGAAAUUGUAAAAACUUAUAUUGUGAUAAUAAAAUCUCAAACUUAUUUCGUAUUAAAAAGUCGGUGUUUAUUAAGCCUUAUAUUAAUUAUACACAAAAAAAUUUAAAAUAAUGAAUAAACCAUACUAAAAACACUCUUAACUAAUGAGUAUAAAUUUGUAAACUAUGCAUAAUGAUUUUUUUUUUUUUUUUUUCAAAUGUGAAAGGUUUUCUUCUUUUUUACUUUCUCAUUUGACCCUAAACCCACACCACCCCUUCACCCCCCUUUCUUUCAAUUUCUUAUUUUUAUUUUUUAUCUUAGCAUGGCCUUCAAAACUUUCAAGAAUCCAAAUCAGUAUUUCAUUUGAUGUGUCUAGUGGACUGAAAAAACUUUUAGGGGAAAAAAAAUUAAACUUACAAAUGUUUGAUACGAUACAAUAAUAUUUGCACUAGCAAAUUAUAUGGAGUUAAUAUUAGCUGAUUAUUACAGAAGUUCUUAAUCAAAAUAUGUGGAGAUUAGGUGUCAAAGAAGAUAGUGAAUGCAGUGUAGUGGUUGUGAGUUAAUAAAUAGUUGGUUGUGUUGUACUGAUGUACUUUUAAAAGUACCUGAGACAUCGAAGGUUGCGGUUACAUUUUAGUGUCAGUUGGAUCUAAAUUUUCGAACUCUCUUUAAUAUCAUUUUUGAGCUUGAUCUGCUUUUUUGAAGAUGUGUUUAGUCGUAUGAGUUAAAUACUGAUCUUGCAUCUUUAUGAAUUUGUGUCUUAGUCUCAUAUGAGCCUCCGCACAAAUCUCUCAUAAAUUGCUUUUUAAAUCUUAUCAAGUUGUGGAUGUCUGUGUCCUCAUUUGCUUUUAUUUAGUUUGAUUUCAUUAAUUUAACAGUUGAUAUUGGUUUUUUAUUCUCUAUUGAUCUCGUACAUUUCGUCUAAUUUGAACAUCUUUCUUACUUCAUUAAGACCGUAUUUAGUGAAAUUUUCCAAUCCAUCGGCAUUGAAGUUCCAAUCUUUCAUUAGCAAGUCAGAUUUGUCAUAAUGAAAUACACUAGGAUUUCAUACCUUAUCAUCCUAAUCCGUCGCGAUACUUUUGAUGCGGACGAAAGCUUCAUAAAUUUAGUUUUACAAAAUUUUUAAAGCUUUCCUAAGCCUUAAUUCUACUAUAUUAUUGUUCGGGUAGAUGUUUUUCACAAAGCAACAAUGAUAUACUUCAUAGACAAACUUUUGAUUAUUAUUAGCUUGAAAGUUGUAAUAGCUAUCUGCUGCAUUCUAAUCAAGACAGAUUUUUGCUUUCGGAACAUUAAAGAUAAUGUUACACUAUCUCCAUCCAGGUGAAAGAUUUAUAUUUAAUAUUGACGCUGUUAUUAAGAAAUACUAGUAUAUAAAUGAUAGUUCGUGGUAUGUUUUGUAUGUAAAUACUUUUUUGCCCUUGUCUUUUAAUUCGACUUAUUGACAUUGAUGUAAAUGAAAUGUAAGUUUAAGGGCAUUUAUAAUGUAUAAUGCGGUUAAAUUUACUAAAGAAAAAAAUAUAAACCUUGUGUUUGGACAGACAAAAAUAAUACUAGAAUAUAAAUUUUUGAAUGGACGAAGACAUUAACAUUUUAUCACUAGCUGCUAGUUUUGAAUAUGAAUAAUCAUUAAACUCCUAAAUUGUUGAUUCAAUCAUUUGCUUAGCACUGCUAAAUCCAAUAGAAUGAACACAUGAUUGAUAAAAUUUUCAAUUGACUUUGGCCAGCAAAAUUUUUGUUCUUGGAUGUUGUUUGGUAAAAUUGGAUGUAGAUGGAAUACUGAUUUUGCAUUUAUAUUUUAGUUCGAUAAUUAGUCGAAGAUAGAUAGAUUAGAUGCAAAUAUGAAGGUGAAUUGCGAAUGACUAGUUGUCGAAAGUGAGUUCCUCUGUGUCUCUUGUCCGAAUCCGGAAAAACAGAUGGGUAAAGUAGAAGCCAUUAAAUCUUGUGGUGCCAUUGAUUCCUAUCUGCAGUGAACUGUCACCUGCAGCUGUAUGGUUUAUAUAGGAGCAAUCAGAUUGUAUGCGCGUGAAUAAAUGCGCGAAGAAAUCGACAUUAAUGGAUGUGUAGGAAACAGUAGUGAGUCACAUUAAGUAGAGGUAGAUCAGUGCAUCAUCAACAUAGAUAGAAAAGUAGCAGAUGGUUCACUGUGGUCCUUGUGCAGGACACACUAUAUAUGAAACCAGAAAAAGUCUGUAAAAAUUAUGUGUGUAUUGAAUUAUUGUUACUAUGAUGAUACACUUGAAUUGCAAUGGUGGAUG